AUGAUGCUCGCCAAAUCCUUCUUGAUCGCCGCCCUCGGUGCGUCUGUGGCCAACGCCCACAUGAUCAUGACCCAGCCUGUCCCCUACGGCAAGGACUCCCUCACCAACUCCCCACUUGACGCUCAGGGUGGUGAUUUCCCCUGCAAACUCCGUACUGGCACCUACGAUAUCUCCCAGGAAAACGUCAUGGCUAUUGGCGAUGUCCAACAACUGCGGUUCCAGGGAGGUGCUACUCACGGCGGUGGUUCGUGCCAGAUCAGCUUGACUGAAGACCGGGCCCCUUCUAAGUCGUCAACUUGGAAGGUCAUCAAGUCCAUCGAGGGAGGCUGCCCUGCGAAUGCUGACGGCAACCUGGGUUCCGACGCCAGCGCUGCAGACCCCUAUCACUUCAACUUCACUAUCCCUGAUGGUAUUGCUACCGGCAAGUACACCCUUGCCUGGACCUGGUUCAACCGCAUCGGCAACCGUGAGAUGUACAUGAACUGUGCCCCCGUUACUGUUACCACUGGCACCUCUUCCAAGCGAUCCGCCGAGGCCCCUGUCAUCGAGCAGCGCUCGUCCAGCUUCCCUCCUAUGUUUGUUGCAAACAUCAACGGCUGCACUACCAAGGAAGGUGUCGAUAUUCGUUUCCCUCAGCCCGGUAAUGUUGUCGAGUAUGAUGGUAACCCGACGAACCUGGCUCCCGCGAGCGAUGCUGCUUGCUCUGGUACUCCUACUUUCGGUGGUUCAGGUGACACGGGCUCGGGCACUUCCAGCUCGGGCUCGGACUCUGGCUCGUCUGGCUCGGGCUCCGGUUCUGUGGCCUCAUCCACUUCAGCAGUCAGCCCUCCCAUCGAGACUUCAUCCCAAGCCGGUGUUCCCGCUCCCACUUCUACCAGUACCCCGGCUGAGACCACCGCCCCUAGUGUACCCCAACCUGUCGGCUCUUCUACUACUUCGGCCUCUCCCUCUGAAUCUAGCUCCUCUGACUCCUCCAGCUCUGGUUCCCUGACUGGAUCCUGCAGCCCGGAGGGCUCUUGGAACUGCAUUGCUGGCAGCUCCUUCCAGCGCUGUGCCAACGGACAGUGGACCCCCUCCCAGCAAAUGGCCGCUGGUACUCAGUGCACCGCUGGCAAGAGCUCCGACCUCUCUAUCUCUGCCAUCAAGGCUGCCCGCGCAGUCUCUGGAUUACGCUUCCGUAAGCGCUUCAUUGGUGCCUCGCACCAUGUCUAA